UUCAAAUCCUUGAUUGGGACAAACAUUAGUGCGGUCCAAUUGCCGCAUGCAUGCGCCAUGCAUACCGUCAAUACGCAUACGCAUACGACGUAUACCGUCACCGAGCAUAGUUAUUAGCAUAUCUAUUAUCCCUGUUUUCCGUUUAUUUAAAAUUGAAUUUUAUUACGAGCAUCCUAAGUUAUAUUGCAUCGGUGAAAAAGUAUCUGAUGACACAGCUCUACCAGCCACAGCAGUAGCCAGCGGGCAGACCACCUGCCGACCAGUGGUGCCAUCAAACAGUGUGUCCGGACGUCGUCAACUGGCGGCGGCGCGCCGAUCGGUGGAGCGCCGGGGGCGUCUGGCCAUCUGAGCGCCCGCCCGCCACCCCCUCGGCCGGCACGCUGGCGUUCUACGACCUGAACCAGGGCCUGCGCGGCGCAGACGGCGGCGACGAGUCGGGCCUCGAGUUCGGCUCGCCGGCGCUGGCGCCCGACUUCGAGUCGAUGAUGGCCGGCGAGCCGUUCCGGCGCGUCGACUCGGCGCCGUCGCCCGGCUCGCUGGGCUCGCCGCGCAGCGUGCGCUCGCCGGCCGUGCCGCGCCAGGACUCGACCGGCACGCUGCGCACCACCAUCCAGCUGGGCAAGACGGGCGCCUCCAUCGUGCACACGGGACCCUUCUACCUGAUGAAGGAGCCAGUCGUGGAGAAUGAGAACCGCGAGACGGGAGCGACCAACCUGAUGAACCACCAUAACCUGGAGCACUCGUACAACAAGUUCACGGGCAAGAAGAUGAAGGACUCGCUGUCGUCGUUUCUGACGAACCUGCCCGGCGUCAUCGACACGCCGGGCUCGCUGGAUAACAGCUCGCUGCGCAGUCUGAUCGAGAAGCCGCCCGUGGUGGGGAAGGAGCUGCUCCCGCUCACCAGUCUGCAGCUCACCGGGUUCCGCCUGCACGCCGGACCGCUGCCCGAGCAGUACCGGUUCACCAGCCAGGCGCCGAUGAAGCGCAAACACAAGCACAAGAAGCACAAACACCGAGCUGGCGACACAUCGUCCCAGGAGGGCACCGACGCCGGAGAACCGCCCGAAAAGAAACACAAAAAGAAACGCAACGAGGACGAAAAGGAGCGGAAAAAGAAGAAGAAAGAGAAAAAGAAGAAGAAACAGAAGCACAGUCCGGAGCACCCGGGUGUCAGUGGAACCACAAAUGGGAAUGGCAAGGCGAUAUGAGGGCGGCUGCCGCCUGCCGCCGACGGUGACCGUGGGUCGUGGUCCUGAGCCUUGGACGGUUUGUUCACUGCGGCCGGGCCGGCGAACACGGCAGUCAGUGCUGUGUGCAUGCAUUUGUCCGCUCCUGCGCAGUCCGGUGUGAUGUCUUCACAUCAGUUUAUAAGGCAGCGCGUCUAUUCUCUGCUCGUGGUAGAGACGUGCGGAACCGUAAUGAUGUUCGUGUUUGUUUCGGAUGCGUAUUUUUGUCUUGAGAUGUGUUCCCUGCAUGUACAACAUAGUAGAUAUGUGAUUGGAGAAGGGAGAUAGAAUACAAAGUAUGAGGAAAAUAA